AUGAGAGAGGAAACAUUUUAUCCUCCUCAGCUAGAAAUACCAACUGUUGUGUACAAGACGCCGGAAGGACUUUACACUUCCAAAUCCGAUAGCGGUAAUGUUAAGGUCAAUCCGCUUGUGGAUGGCCAAAUAGUCGACCUUGAUGGUUUCCUGUUUUUCGUGAAGUUGAUAUACAAAUCGUACUUGGCUCAGCGAUCAAGAAAUGGGGCCAGCCCCGAGGUCUUCGAUAUGGAAUUGUCUAACAUUCCUAUGUUGAUGCUCAGUCACUCCUCAUGGACACAUCAUCAGCUGGAAACAAUCGCCCAGUUCGUCUUUGAACAGUUGCAAAUAAACAAUUUUAUGUUUUUGCCGUCCGCCCUGGCUUCCUCAUACGCACUAGGGUCCUUACAAAACUGCGUGGUCAUUGACAUCCAUACAAACGGUACUGAUGUUAUACCCAUAUUAGACUACAUUCAACUCGGUCACCUGGCUGUUAAAGUUGAACAUGGCGGGAGUCAGAUUGACCAAGAGCUAGCAAAGUUACUACCUCAAUGGACUCCAGAGCAAAUUGAGGAUUUGAAAAAGUCCUCGAUAUUUGAGGUUUUAAGCGAGGACGCCAAAAAAAGUUCAUCACUUAACUUUAAACACGGUGAGGAUGAAGGUGCUCUCGAUGUUGCAGCUCUGGUAACAAGUGAUCGUGAUACCAGGGAAAUACUGGAAGAGCGCGAAAAAAACAAGGAUAAACAUAACGUCGAGAACAGUGAGCAGGAGAACAAUGUAUUCGUUGAUCGACACGGCAAACAAAUUAUCGUGGGUAAGCAGAGGUUCAAAGGUUGCGAGAGCUUGGUUGCUGAGAUAUCUAAGACAGUUGGCCGGGUUCUUUCCCAAAUCGACGACUUUCACAAACUCAGGGCAAUGUGGGAGAACAUAUUGGUCGUAGGGGGAACCACAUCCAUCAGCGGGUUCAAAGAAGCGCUUCUACAAAAACUUGUUGAAGACCACCUUAUUGGAGAACCAGCUCAUGAAAAAGACAUAAGAGAACGCGAACAUUCAGCACAAAACUCAGUCAAGAAGAAAGCUAAAAUCGCCAAUUCAUUUCUGAACUCGGUGGACUACGUCCAAAUACCAACUGCGAUAAGUUUGGCUAAGUAUCCAGAGUACUUUCCUGAGUGGAAGAAGCAUGGUUACGCUGAAGUCCCAUUUCUGGGAGCACAGAUUGUAGCGAAACAGGCUUUUGGUCAUACAAACGAAAGCUUCUACGUCACAAGAGAAAAAUACGAAAAGAAAGGUCCGUCAAUUGUUUGGGACGUGGCCUUUUGA